UCCCUGCGCCCUCCCGCUCUCCCAGCCGCGGUGUCGAUCACCGAGCCGCCCCGCCGCCGCCUCUCGGCGACCAUGGCGCACCGGGGACCCCUGAGCGCCCCGAAGCGCCCCGGCCCCUCUGCGCCAGCCCGGACCUCCGGGGCGCCUCAGUCGCUGAGCUGGCCGCGCUCUCGGCCACCGCCGCCGCCACCGCCGCCGCUGCUGCUGCUGCUGCUGCUGCCGCUCCUGCCUCCGGCCGCUGGCGGGGCGGAGGGACGGUCCUCCUGGCCCGGACGCCCGGGUCCCCGCGCUUGGGUCACCCGGUUGCCACCCUCGGGGCGCGCGGAGCCAGGUGGCCAAGAGGACACGCAGGUGCGAGACUCAGAGCCUGGCGCCCCGGGUCGUGAUCCGGAUCCUGUUUGGAGUCCUGGCGGAGACCUUGCCCCAGCUCUGGGCAAGGAGCGCAGGGCGCGGGCGGUGCCGGUGGCCGGAGCCGCUUCGCGCGCUCAGGUCUGGCUCAUCAGCACAUCGUUUGUGCUCAAGGGGGACGCAACGCACAAUCAGGCGAUGGUGCACUGGACGGGAGAGAACAGCAGUGUCAUCCUGAUCCUGACAAAGUACUACCAUGCAGACAUGGGAAAGGUUCUGGAAAGUUCUCUGUGGCGGUCCUUGGAUUUCGGUACAACCUACACCAAGCUCACCCUUCAGCCUGGUGUCACCACUGUCAUCGACAACUUCUACAUCUGCCCAACCAACAAGAGGAAGAUCAUCCUUGUGAGCUCUUCGCUUGGCGACCGGGAGCAGAGCCUCUUCCUCAGCAUGGAUGAGGGGGCCACCUUCCAGAAACACCCUGUCCCCUUCCUCGUGGAGACUCUCCUCUUCCACCCCAAGGAGGAGGACAAGGUCCUGGCCUACACCGAGGACAGCAAGCUCUAUGUAUCAUCUGAGUCUGACCUGGGAAAGAAGUGGAUACUUCUGCAGGAACGAGUAACCAAGGACCACGUGUUCUGGGCUGUGUCAGGGGUGGACAUCGACCCCAACUUGGUCCACAUGGAGGCCCAGGACCUCAACGGAGAUUUUCGGUAUUUCACCUGCCAGAUCCACAACUGCUCGGCUCAGUCCCACAAGGUACCUUUCCCUGACCCCGUCGACCAGGGCUCCCUGACGGUGCAGGAUGAGUACAUCUUCCUGAAGGCGACAUCAGCAAACCGCACCAAAUACUAUGUCUCCUAUCGCCGGAGUGACUUUGUCCUGAUGAAGCUGCCCAAGUAUGCCCUGCCGAAGGACCUGCAGAUCAUCAGCACAGACGAACAGCAGGUGUUUUUAGCAGUACAGGAGUGGAACCAAGCAGACACCUAUAACCUGUACCAGUCGGACCCACGCGGCAUACGCUACUCCCUGGUGCUGGAGAAUGUGCGCAGCUCGAAGCAGGCAGAGGAGAGUGUGGUCAUUGACAUCCUUGAGGUCAGAGGGGUGAAAGGGGUCUUCUUGGCAAACCAGAAAGUGAACGGUAAGGUGAUGACACUCAUAACCUACAACAAGGGCCGAGACUGGGAUUACCUGAGGCCGCCCAGCACCGACAUGAACGGGAAGCCCACCAAUUGCCAGGCGCCUGACUGCCACCUGCACCUGCACCUGCGCUGGGCAGACAACCCCUACGUGUCAGGCACAGUACACACCAAGGACACUGCCCCUGGCCUCAUCAUGGGUGCAGGUAACCUCGGUUCUCAGCUGGUGGAGUACAAAGAGGAAAUGUACAUCACGUCUGACUGCGGGCACACCUGGCGGCAGGUGUUCGAGGAGGAACACCAUGUUCUCUACCUGGACCAUGGUGGCGUCAUUGUGGCCAUCAAGGACACCUCCAUCCCCCUGAAGAUCCUCAAGUUCAGCGUGGACGAGGGCCACACUUGGAGCACACACAACUUCACCAGUACCUCGGUGUUCGUGGACGGGCUGCUGAGCGAGCCAGGGGAUGAGACGCUGGUCAUGACGGUCUUUGGCCACAUCAGCUUCCGCUCUGAUUGGGAGCUGGUCAAGGUGGACUUCCGGCCGUCCUUCCCACGGCAGUGUGUUGAGGAUGACUACAGCUCCUGGGACCUCACUGACCUCCAGGGUGACCGCUGCAUCAUGGGCCAGCAGAGAAGUUUCCGGAAGAGGAAGUCCACGUCCUGGUGUGUCAAGGGGAAGAGCUUCACAUCGGCACUCACGUCACGUGUGUGCAAGUGCCGAGACUCUGACUUCCUCUGUGACUAUGGGUUUGAGCGCUCGCCCUCUUCGGAGUCCACUGCCAGCAAGUGCUCCGCCAACUUCUGGUUCAACCCCUUAUCCCCUCCUGAUGACUGUGCGCUGGGCAAGACCUAUACCAGCAGCCUUGGGUACCGGAAGGUGGUAUCCAAUGUGUGCGAGGGUGGUGUGGAUCUGCAGCAGAGCCCAGUGCAGCUACAGUGCCCCCUAACACCACCCCGGGGUCUUCAGGUGAGCAUCCGUGGAGAGGCAGUGGCCGUGCAGCCUGGAGAGGAUGUGCUGUUUGUGGUGCGGCAGGAACAGGGUGAUGUCCAGACCACGAAGUACCAGGUGGAUCUCGGGGAUGGCUUCAAGGCCAUGUAUGUGAACCUCACCCUGACAGGCGAGCCUAUCCGACACCGAUAUGAGAGUCCUGGGGUCUACCGUGUGUCUGUCAGGGCAGAAAACGUGGCAGGCCAUGACGAGGCUGUGCUCUUUGUCCAAGUCAACUCCCCCCUGCAGGCCCUCUCCCUCGAGGUAGUCCCUGCCAUUGGUACCAACCAGGAGGUGAACCUAACCGCCGUAUUGCUGCCCCCGAAUCCCAACCUCACCGUCUUCUACUGGUGGAUUGGCCACAGCUUACAGCCCCUGCUCUCUUUGGAGAACUUGGUGACAACCCGUUUUACAAACGCGGGGGACGUUCGUGUGACAGUGCAGGCUGCCUGUGGGAACUCGGUGCUGCAGGAUUCCAAGGUCAUCCGUGUUCUGGAUCAGUUCCAGGUGGUGCCACUGCAGUUCCCCAGAGACCUGGACGCCUUCAACCCCAACACCCCCGAAUGGAGGGAGGACGUGGGCCUGGUGGUCACUCGGCUGCUCGCCAAGGAAACCAGCAUCCCCGAGGAACUGUUGGUGACCGUGGUGAAGCCAGGGCUGCCCACCGUGGCUGACCUGUAUGUGCUCCUCCCUCCCCCCAGGCCCACAAGGAAGAGGAGUCUCACUAGUGAUAAGAGACUGGCAGCUGUGCGGCAGGCACUGCGCACACACAGGAUCAGCUUCAUCCUUCGAGGCGGGCUUCGCAUCCUGGUGGCCUUGAGGGACACAGAGGCAGGUUCUCAGAGGCCAGGUGGCAGUGGCGGCUACUGGGCCGUGGUGGUCCUCUUUGUCAUUGGGCUCUUUGCAGUGGGAGCAUUCAUUCUCUACAAGUUCAAAAGGAAACGCCCCGGCAGGACGGUGUACGCCCAGAUGCACAAUGAGAAGGAGCAGGAGAUGACAAGCCCCGUGAGCCACAGUGAGGAUGCCCAGAGCGCCAUGCAGGGCAACCACUCAGGCGUGGUCCUGAGCAUCAACUCUCGGGAGAUGCAUAGCUACCUGGUGAGCUGAUCGUGCCGGCUGGCCAGGACACUCUUCUCCUGUUUCCCCCGGGGAGGGCACAGGACCAUGUGUGGCUGGAACGACAACCCCUGAGACCUGCGGAAAGGCCGCCUCCUCUAGCUGUCCCCACUCAGAGGAUAGACACUUCUCCCUGUCAGCCCCGGCUGGCCCCUGGGAUGUUGGGGCAGCCGACUUCUGACCAGCCUGGACACAGGCCUGUGGUGCCACACAAAGUCCCCACGCCUGACUUGGGCAUCAGUGUCGUGGCCCCACACAUGCUGCCUGCCCUGGUCGCUCCAACUUCUCAUUGCAGCUCAGGCUGACUUCUCCCAACUGGGGCUGGUCCAGCCCAAGCCUGGGAUGCGCCUCCAAGGCCCGCCUGCUCCAGAGUGGCAGAUCUGCUCGGCCCCACCCUAGAGCCCCUGCCCUGAAGCCCCCGCCCCUGCCUAGAACCCCAAAGCCAGGAAGCCUGUGGGCCAGACCUGCCCUGUACCACCCUCCAGGUAGCCACCCUUUCCAAUGCAGAUGGUGUAAAUACCUGCCCAGGUAGACAUUUGAGUUUGGGGGCACUUUCCUUUAACUUUGUUUUCAAGACCAGACAGUAGCUUUCUAAGUUCUGUCAGAGCACCACUCUGAGAACCCCUUUUUCAAGAUGCCCAAGGCAGGGUACAGAGGAACAAAGAUCUCUGGGGGGACAGGAAGGGAAGGGAACUAUACAUGUAGUUCCUGUUCCCGCCAGCAGGCGAUGCCCUCCUACAGCCCCUAGGCUGUAAGUUUCUGCCUCCAACCAGGUCUGGGCCCUGGGAGAGGCCAGAGGCCCCAGAAAGGCACCACAGCCCAGUACAUCAGGCUCUCUGGGUUUCCUUACGGCCUGAGAAACCCACAUCGAGCCAAGCAGAUGUGUAAGAACACAGCUGAAGGGCCGUCACAAUGGUUCCUCCUGGGGAAGGGAACCCAGGGAAGGGUGGCCUUUUCAAGGUUGCAGAAAGACAGCAGCAGAGGUGGCCCCGGAGCCAGCGCUCUGCCUUUCCCAUGCCCAGAGUCAGGGACCCAGAGCAGGUCGACUGCUGUGAGCAACACAGUUCACCUUUUGCCUUGAAACUGAAGUCAGUACCCUCCGAUCCCCCCCACCUCUUUCCUCCAUCCACUCUCCAUAUCUAGCCCUCUGCUGGCCUACCAGAGCCCAGGCUGGCCCAGGGUAAGGUCUGAGUGUGCCCAUCAUGCUGGUUGGUGCACCCACCAGUUUUCCCUGGGGAAGAAAUGUGGCCUGCAUAGUCCAUGUCUUCACACAGGGCUGCUCCAGUCCUCCCUCUGUCAGGGUAUCCAGACAGUCAUGUUCUGGAUAGGACAACAGAGCAAGGCUGCUGUGUGUGGCACAAGGCUGGCCUGUGGGGUAUCCCAGUCACAACCCAUUCUUCUUGCUGUUACCCACUGGGGCUCAGGAUUCCUUCAGAAGUGGUCCUGUAGGCCAUCGUCCUUCCAGAGGCUGGAAACAGGAGCCUACAGUACAGGCUGGGACACCCCGAGCCUUCUGCCACUGCCCCACCUGCCUCCUUACAUUCUCAGAAGACACCAAGGCAGAGACCUGUGUCCCCAAACCCCUGCACUCAGUGUCACACACCGUGAUGCUCACACACCACACAGUCCCCGCCAGGUCCAUGGCCGGCACAGACCCCCACUUCCACUCACCAGUGCCCGGGGCACCGUGUGUAGCUCUCUGCCUUCUGUGUUAACUCGGCGUGAUUUCUGCAGACGUUCAGGUAGCUUUUCCCUAGUUAUCUGUGCUCCCCUGGUAUUUUAUGUUAUUUCUAUUAAGAACAUUUGGGGCAUAUAGACCCAAGAGCCUCCCCCACGCUCCUCUCCAUAAUCGCAGAUGGCGAUAGCAGGCGUGUGGUUUGCCUGGUUAUCAGCUAAGGCGCCCUGCAUUGCACAGCCAGGGACAAAGGCCACCAUGGAGAGGCCAGAUGCCACCUGCUUGGGGUCUUACAUGUCACUUCACUGGGCCGUGUGCAUACCUGGAAAACGGGCAGAGCAGAAACGAUGUAUUCUUUCUAUUUUUCCUUUUUAAAAACCAAUAAAUCAUUUGUGAUG